ACUUUGGUGAGUGAGAUUUUGUUGUAUUAAGUAGUUCGUAGACUCUGAAGGGCUUAGGAAGUGGAACCAAUACGUGUCCUUAACAACAAACAUGCCCACUGUAAUAAUCAUAACGCAAUGAACGUUUGAAAUAAUGUGUUUUAGUCAUCGGUACACGAAAGGUGUAAAUAACGAGUUCGUUGAGAGUGGCGGUUAUUUAGGUAUAAUAUUUAUGUUGACCUCGCAGUACGAACAACUCUUGUGUUUUGAUGUGCCCGCAGUGUUUAGAGUUUUAGUUCUCUGACGUUGGAAAAGAUCGCCGUGUUUGUAAGACAGUGGCUAACACGAGAGUAUGGGGUCACUGAUCCUCAGUGAAUUGGACUGAUAGGGCAAUGUUUAUGUGCCAGCAGAAAUUUCUUUUCUGCUAUUCGUCAUGUUUGAUGAGAGUCCCACGAUGACUAAAAUUUAUCAACGUCUCGUACUUGUUCACGUCAUCAGCAUUGACUGCAGAUUUUCAGUUUCAAUGCAUAGUGACUAGUGGUUGUUUCGACCUUGUCAUAUAUCAUCACGUAAGUAAAAGUAUGAACCAGUCUAUGAUUAUCGUGUACGUCGUUUACCUUUCACGGGGCAUUGGAAAGGACGUGUUGUUUCGAGGUGAAACACAUUGCGUUUGGUUCUUGGUAACUAGGUGGCUUCAGGAAAUAAAUUUUACAUAUAACAGACGUAAACAAAAAUGUUUUAUUUCCCGAACCUGUUUUGUUGAGCUGAUUGUGUGCAUGGUGUGAAACGUAGCAGGGAAGUGUAUAUGCAGGCGUGUGGUAGUUUGUUGCCGGAAGUGUUAGACAAAUUGUGAUAGUCUGUGUUUGAAAAUGUAUUUAUGUAGGUGGCUGUCUCGCCUGAAUUAGGAGGUAUUAGUUGUGCGUCUUUAUGCAAAACUGUGCAUAUGCACAAUGGCAUUUGCUUUACAUCCGCAGCGUCCUACAUCAAAGUUUUUAGUUUUUACUUUGUACGGUAAUAUCGUUCUAGACUCUCCUGUAACUUAAGUCUUCCAGGACGAGGUAUAAUAUCGAACAUAAUUAUUUGGUCCCAUCAGAGGGCACACAAUAAGCAUACCUCAAAAGUCUGUAAGAAGAUUCUUCUUCAUUUGACUCUGCCUGUACAUUCUCCAGUUCGCCUAGUUCGGAGCAGCACUUUCCCCAGCACCAUAGCUACUCGCGCAUGCGCAUUAUAUGCAUUUCCGGCGAUUCAAAAAUCAAUAAAUUAUUGCUCAUCACUGGCGAUUGUUAGGCAAGAGUUUAGAAAUGGAGGUACAGUCCUCGCACGCGGAAAAUCUGACCGUCGGUGUUACUACAGGCCCUGUCCAAGCCACGAGGUUCGUUAGGCCUAUGUAAUAAUGAGUAAAACAGUAUCCUUGUAAUUAGCUUCUGUUAUUGCAUUGUUCUACUGGCCCAGUUGUAGGUCUGGGAAAUUUUUCUGAGAUUCGAAAGAUAAGUGAUUAAAGCGAGCUGAACUGCAGAUUGCAAUAUUUCUCAUUUUGCAUAUAACUUUGUCUGUACCACAUUGGUUUGGUUGUAAGGAGCAUCAAAUGAGUUGCUACUGCGGGUGGGUCAAGUCAGCUCUGACCGAUUAACAAUUAGUAACGUUCUUGUCUCUCUCGGAAGACUAUCUGAUACAUGUGGCAACAGCGCUUACGGCUAGCCCGGGCAGCACCUCAACAACAAGCAGGACUCGCCGAUAAAUGGAAGGUUUCGCAGUGGGAUUGAUUUUGUAUGCACUGUGCUUGUGUGCACACACUUUCCUGUCCAGAAAAACUAGCGCAAAAACCUUGUAUUUGUCGAACAGGACACGAAAGUUGUUCCUUUUAAACGUAGCCCCAUAUCCUGAGGUUUAUUACUAAAACCCACGCUAAUUGUCCCAUUAAGAUGGUAUCGACGUGCUACUAAGCGGGGCAGCCCAUUGGUUAAGACUCUUGAAAUAUUCGGAAGGAAAAGGGGGCGAAGUCCACAUCUUGGCGCCAUUUCAAUUAGGGUCUGCAUUGGUUGUCAUAAACACUUGAAUGCUGGGAUGAUUCCUGAAGAAGGCAAGUUACAUAUCCUAGUCCCAAGCACUCGCCAUCUUGAUCUUAUACUUGGAUUCUAAUGACGUUGUUAAUGCACUAAAUUAAAAGGUAGGGUUUGAUGUAGGGGAAUUUGGUGCAAACAGUUGUGAUCAGUUAGAAUUCUUGGCUUGCAAUGGGCACAACCUUGGCUGAAGUAAUGAAGCAGCAUUUUCACGAACACUGGCAUAAAGCUACCCGUAGGAGAAAUAGUAAGGUUUUUUUCAGAUGUAGAGCAGCCUGUAAGCUUCCGCUCACUAAUUCUUAAGGUUGCGUCAAACUUUAUUUUUCUGAGACGUUCAGAAAUAAAUUGUUGCGAAGUACCUAAAAUGCGACUUGUCAAAGAUCUUGUUCUGGUUGAUAGUAUUUCAGAACCAUUGGAUUUGAGUUGGGACUGUCGGGAGAACGUGAAUAAGCCGUAAUGUUGAGUUAUAAAGAAAAAUUUACUCAAAUGCAAAAGCAUAGGUCGUGUUAGUAUACACGUCCGAUGUCCAAAAAUGGCACAGCAAUAUUCGUGAUGACAUAGAUGUGGUCAUGGUCAAGUCAUUGAAGCUGCCUGGAAUUGCAGGUACGGGAACGAGUGCUCAUCGGCGAACUAAUUUAGACCAAACUACUGCACAGAGGAUUUGGAGUAACUGCCACUUAACACUUAACAAGAGAGGGCUCGACGUAUUUACAACAGAAAUGACACAUUCGUGCUGAGGAGGAGCUAUGAAACUAACAAGCAUGUUUGAAAGCUCAAGUGAAACUCCCGUUGUGAAGUGUUCGCAAGAUGGUGCAAAGUCAGAUCAGUCUGGUGCGUUGCCCGCACCUGAUUCUGCGGACUCUUUCGAUUUGUCGUCAAGUAAACCAAAGAUAACAGACGUUCAGUCGUCACCAGUUUCGGAUUUAUUAAACGGAGACAGCGAUGUAAAAGCUGAUUUAAAGAAAACCUUAGAACCAUUGUCGCUAAAUAAUGGUGAUGGUGCUUCGUCAGAUGAUUUGGAAAGAAUUUCAUGCAGAACACCAGUCGGCGAUAACGACUCGUCGAGCGAAAAAGAAAAUUACGUGUUUGAUGACGGGGGUUCCGAAGCAAGUUUGAAACUUCGCAUUACUGAGAGUGAAGACGAAGGCGAGAUGUCUCCGAGAGCUACUAGCCCAUUUGAAGACAUGGAUCACGACUCGAGCGAACAAAUAUUGCCCCAGACUGAAGAUGGUGACGGCAUUAACAGCGUGACUGAAGACACUGAAGAAAACUAUGAUAAUGAAGAGCAGGAGAACGAAGCUACAGAAGCAGACGACGCGAGCCCAGUAGUUAAAGCCGAAGACAGUGACAUACCAGGGAAGCUGCUCAGAAGUGACGAAGAAUGUGGAUCAGAUACAACUUGUGUGCAGGAGAAGGACUGUAGCAACGUACAUGCUGAAUCUCCUGGUAGUGAUGACUGUGGUUCAACAGAACUUGAGCCAGAAAGAUCUGAGCUGUGCUGUGAUGUUGCAAGUGAUUCUGAUACUGUGAAAUGUUCUUGUGAUGGUGUGUGUUCUAGUACUUGUUCUACUUCUGUUUCAAAGCAGGAAAUUGGUAGUAAACUGAAACCUCAUACUGAGUCAGAUAUUUCAUUGGAGUUAGACAAAUUUACUACAGAACAUUCAGUUACUCAUAGUGGAGAACAAAGUGGUAAUUUAAGUACCUCAGGUAGUCAUACAAGUGAGAGAGAGACUAGCAGUAAUAGUGUGACUGGUUUUCCGGACGAUUGCUCAACCAGUAAUGUUUUGCCAGUGAGCGAACCGAAGGUUUCUGAAAGUGAGGUGGCCACUGACACGACACAGAAUUCUUCCGUAGAUAAAGAAAAUAUUUCUGAGGAAUCAGUAACAGAUCUGAAAACUGCAGGGGACGUGGCUGUUACAAACACAGAGGAGGAUGCGCCAUCUUCUAUCGCAAAAACAGUUUGUCCUGUAAUUGGAGAGAGCGCCAAGUCAGUUAAAAGUGUAUUAGCUGUUAGAACACGUGCUGAGAGUGAUUCUUUCAGUGGAGUUGGUAGUAAUGGUGAGGAUGAAGAUUUAACUUCUCAAGAUAAAGACUGCAGAUCUUAUGUGGUAGAGCCUGUCGAUAAUAAAAGGACAUUGGAAGUAUUUUCAGUAAAAAGUGAAGACAUAAAUGAGUUAAGCACUGCAGAUGACGAUAUUAAUUACAAGGAAAACGUGUCUUCUGUUAACAACCGUGAUAUGAAGCCCGAUAGUGAUGUUAAUGUUAGUGAGGUUUGUGUGAAAAAUGAAAGGGAAGGGCGUGUAGAUAUGGAAGAGAGUGAGACAAUAUUACCUAUGACAGAAAGCAACUUAGGUUCCCCUCAAAACUCCAUUAGUAUAAUGGAUUCUGUCUCUGUUCCUGAGCAACGGAGUGAUGAUAUGAAAGACAGUGAGACAGUAUUACCCUUGGCAGAAAGCGAAUCAGCCUCAUCUCAAAACUCAAUUACUAUAACAAACUCUGCAUCUUUUUCAGGGGAAGAGAACAAUGAUAUUAAAGAGAGUGAGACAGUUUUACCUUUGGCAGAAAGCGAAUUAGCUGCUUUUCAAAACUCAGUUACUGCAAAUAACGCUGUUGCUGUUUCUGAGGAAGGGAGUGAUGAUACAAAAGUCAGUGAGGCAGUGUUACCCUUGGCAGAAAGCAAAUUAGCUUUCUCUCAAAACUCUGACACUGUUCCCGAGGAAGGGAAUGAUGACACGAAAGAGUGUGAGAUGGUAUUACCCUUGGCAGAAAGCAAAUCAGCUGCCCCUCAAGACUCUGUUGCUAUAACAAACUCUGUCUCUGUUCUUGAUGGUUCUGCUUCCUCUUGUACUGAUGUUUCUCAAGAUAAUUCAGAACUGAUGUCAAAUUGCUUAGAAGCAGUUAGUAAAAAUGUAUUGGAAGAUAAACAAGCAGAUGGGGAGAUACUCAGUCCAUUGUCGGAAAGUAAUAGCGAUAAAAAAACUAGUGAUAUACAUGUCAAUGGGAAGGAAGUGGUUUGUAAUGGUACAGUGGAUAACAGGAUAGGAGAUGUAAUUAAGAGAAAAGGGUUGCGAGCACAGGAAAGUUGUUCUUCUGAAUAUGAUAAGAUGGCAGAUAAUAAUGAGAAUGUGUUGAUGAUAAAUCAAACCGUUGAGCCAGGUGCUGGAGAGAGUGAACUGGAGAUGAAAGAGAGCAAGUCAUCUGUUCUUGUUGAUGAUGUAAAUGUUAGCACGAGUGAAACAAAUGAAGUGGUAGACGAUGAGGUGAAAGUUGAAGGAUCUGUGGAGGAAGAGAAAUAUGUGGAUUCUAAAAGUGAACUAGUCGGUGUUACAGAUAAAGUGUCGGACCUGGAAAAUAAAACUACAGAUGAAGUGAAAGGCUGUGAGACAUCAAGAGCAACUGAAGCUGAAGUGGAAAGCCAUGUCAGAUUACCAGAAACUGAUGUAGCCGGUAACAACACACAAAAAACAGACUCUGAGCUAGAUAGUAAUAUCACAGAAAGGACCUCCGAUGACACUAUUGUUACAUCAGGUACUUGUGAAGAUGAAGAGCCGCUGACGUUGUCAGAUGUUGCUAAUGCUUUAAAAGAUGCUGUUGAUACAGUUACUUUGCAAGAUGGGGAAAGUGUCCCUCUCACUGGUUGUGAGGCUUCAGUACCACCACUCCCAUCGGAAGUGCAUAACUUGCCACCAUCUGAUAUGCUGAUUUCUGACAACACAUCUGCCUUAGGAGUUCAUGUGGCAGACCAAGAAGUGCAGCCUGAGAAUGUUCAGGAAGCUCCAGGCAUAGCAGAAGCUGUGAGACGCAGACGGAAGCGUUCAAUUGAAGAUGUGGUGCCAGAUAGAAUAUCCAAACGUACACGUGGAGCUUCAUUGGCCAGCAGUUCUGGAGCUAACAGCCCUGAAAAACUAACCCAAACAAGUGCUGAAUCUGCAAAGAGACCUGUCUUAGAUUCAUCUACAGAAGAGGAUGCAAAAAGAGUGCGGUUGAAUGAAGACUACAAUAAAGUUGUGAAAAAAAUUGAACGAACGGUAGUUGCAAAUGGUGUAGUCACUGGAGAGAUAGGAAAUCGCCGAAUAUUUUUGGAGAAAAUUAGAGCCAAAGACCUAAAGAAUUUAACUGUAGCUGAACUGGAGGAAUUUUUCGUGGAAAAAAUCUGUGAAGCUCUAGCCUAUCGACACGAAGUAGGCUUACUGCGUCAAAAGCAGCAAGCUGUUGAAAAUCAAAUGGAGCUAUGGCGAAAGAAGAGUUUAGCAAUGUGUAAGCAGGUUAGAGACAUGGAGCUGGUAAUGAAAAGGUACCAGAAUGAUAUGAAGACGCGGAAAGAUCGACCUGUGAUUCCUGUGAAGGUGACGAGAUCAGUAGGACUCCAAGUACAUGAUGUAGCGUCUGACCCUUCAAGGGCCCUCCUGCACAAAAGAAAAAGAAUGGAACAGCAAGUUCCGUCAGUGAAUACGGUGCAGCGGCAAAGCCCUCAGUCUCCUAUUGCGUCGAAUGUUUCUACUGUGCCCACAACACAGAGUGCUUCAGUUUCUACACGUGGAACUACGUCAUCACCUCAGUACUCUAGAACAGCAACAAGUACGAACAGUCAGGCAAAUGUGCCAGCGGCAGGCACUCGUGUACCACCGAAACCAAAUAGUGGCUUAAAAACUUUGAUGCCUAGGCAGCAGUCAGUCAGUGUAAACACCAAUACAUCUACCACUAGCCCAUCCUCAGCAAACAGUUCACGUGUCCAACAAAUGACACGUUCAAAGGUUGCGAGCACUGCAGGUAACAGUCCUGUUGGGGCUGUCAACAAAAGUUCACGUCAAGUAAUAGAUUUAACUGAUGACGGAGAUCGCGGGCGUUCAGCACAACCAAGGACAACAGCUGUAAUGACCUCUGUCAAUACAAAUACAGUCCCAGCCAAUAACUCUGUCGGUGCGGCCACAACCAUGACACCCACAAGCUCCAUCAGAUUACUUCCACAACCGGUGACUGCAACUGCUGUAGCUGCUGGUGCAAACAUAUUGGCUACGGGCGUUACAACCAACACCAAUGUGCCUCGGUUAACAUACCUUGUACCAGCUACAAAUCAGCUGCAGCAGCGACCUGUUCUAUUGGCAAGCUCCCCGUCACAGGUUGUUCCAAAUGCUGUAGUAACUGUGACCAAUGGACAAAAAAAUCCAGCACCUGCUGUUUAUGUUAAAAAUGGAGCAGUUGUUUCUGUGUCACCACUUGUGGGGUCUGGAGCAGUGGGCCAGCAGGUUCCAACAUCGACACGUCCUGCGGGUUUGCAACCAUCAGUAGCCCAAGGUUCACCAAGCAGGCCACAGAUUCGUCCUGCACAGGGUUUAACAGCUUCUCCUCAGUCGCGGUCUUUGCCUCAACAUGCUCAGCACCCUGCACCUCUUCCCGUGGCACCAAACUUGAAUCUAAAUAAUCCAGACUUAAAGAAGAUGCCACCAAGACCCGAAUUAAAAAUAUCAAAACAAAGCAGGCACCAAGGUAUUGUUCUGUCGUGGAAUAUGCCAGUGACAAAUGAAUAUGCAGCCAUUGCCAGCUACCAGCUGUAUGCGUAUCAGGAGAGUUCAUCACCUCCAAGUACAGCACAUUGGAAAAAAGUUGGAGAUGUCAAGGCUUUACCAUUGCCAAUGGCUUGCACGUUGACACAGUUUGUCGAAGGACACAAAUAUCACUUUGCUGUGAGAGCUGUUGACAUACAUUCUCGUGUGGGACCAUUCAGCUUACCAGGGAGUAUUGUACUGACUCGGAAGUAGAUAGUGAUGCAUUGUCUCUUGCUGGAUGUUUUAUUGUAAAUAGUGCCGUGGUAUUUAUAUAGAAAUCUGUGAAUAGUUGAGGUAACUCUGAAUGCCAUACAGACAGUAUUUUGCUGCUGUACAAUGUAAAUAAAUUGCUGAGAACUUUUUUAUUACAUGUGUUUUUUGUGUAAUGAAAAUGUUUGGUGUAAAUACAUGCAAAAAAUGUGAAAGCAGAAAAACAGAAACAGGUGUAAAUAUUUAUGUACAGAAUCUUAUAAUGGAAAACCUUUUUGGCAGCUGCAAAUUUGGACUACUUGAAUGUCAAUGGUUUGUGUUCCAGGAAUGGAAUGUAAGUUGCUUACCAUCAUUCAUAGGAGAAAAAAGAAUGUACACAAUAACUCCAAAACUUAACUGCAGUUAGUGUCCCAAUAUGUAAACAAGAGUGUAAAAAAGUAAUCUCAGAUGUUAAAGUAUUUGCUCAAACACAUUGAUAAAUAGUGGUCCUCAAAACUUAGUACAUUUGUGAAGAUUACUCUUGUUUUUGUAAGGUCCAAUUAAUUUACUGUGUGUGUGUGUGUGUGUGUGUGUGUGUGUGUGUGUGUGUGUGUGUGUGUAAAAGAUGGAUGAUACACAAUUUGUCAUACAGUUGUAGUCUUCGAAAUUAAUUGUAAAUAGGCUAAAAGUGAACUUUAGCUACAGAAACGACAUGUAUUCCUUGGUGAAAAAAUUAUGGAUGAAUGAAGAAAUAGCAUAAAAUUUCAUUCAUAUUUUGCAUUAAAUAAAGCACUCAGCACUAGUCUUUGAAACUUACUCACAUUUUGCCACCAUUUUAUUGGUGAAUUGCAGAAUCUGAAGCAAUGACUGUUAUUGCAUUUGUUUAGUAUACCUGAGGUGUGUGUAUUAUACGUACAGUGCUUAAGGCAUAAAAUUUCUAGUGUAUUGAUAAAACAGUUAUUUUUUAUUUAUUUAUUUGGUCUUUUGGAGUGAACUUAACCCUGAAAGAAAAGGUUUGCUAUGUCAAUUUCUGUUGUUGUUAUUGUUGGUUUUUUUUCCUUCAGAAAAAUCUGUUAAUGGCUACCAGCAGGAUGUAGAAAGUUGUAUAUAUUUUUCUUUCUGUCUGUAAAUAUACAUAUAUAUAUAUAAUUUAAUUAUUUGUGUAAAUGAGCUUUAAAUGGUAAAUUUGCUUAUAAUAAUUCCUACAAAGAAAAACUGCAUUUUUAAAAAAAAUAGAAUUGUUGUUACAUAAAUUUUGAGAACUUUUCAUUACCUGCAAUUCUUUUUAGUGUACCUUGUGUUCAUUUUUAACGGUUAGUUUUAAGACUAUCUACAGUGUUAAUACUUCGAAAAAACUGUGUCACGUUGUCGGCAUGGUUUGGGUAUCUUGUCGACUACAGAUCUCACUGCCAGCGGAAUGGUUGUUCCAGUCAAAUGUGUAACAACAGUAAAAUUUGAAAGUAAAUAAAAGUAAUUGAUUCUUAAAA